CCCAUGGCCCCUGCCCAGAGGAUGGGGGAGAACACUGGUCAGACCCACCGAGGAGAGGGACCAUGGGGCUGGGGGGGUGGAAAUUGGGAUUAGAGGGUUAACGAAGGGGAUGGGAGGACGCACGUGACUGGCUGUGGAGUGGGGGAAGUGGGCUGGGGUGUGCAGUGGGUGGGGGUGUGUAUGGGGGGGGGUCCUUGGCGAUCCCUCCCUUCCCAUCCCCCUUCUCCCCGGCCCCCCGCACAAAAUCCGCUCCCCACUGGCCUCCCCCCGCUCCCUCCAACCUGCGCUAUGGAGCCACCGGGCUGCCCGGCUCUGCCCCCACCUCGCCGGGCUGGACCCCCCCCGGGGCUCCCCCGGGCUCCCACCGCCUUCGCCAUCGGGCCACCGGGACCCCCCCAGCACCCACCGCCUCUCAGCCCCCGCCCGGCCCGCUGCCCGCCGGACAAGCCCCGCUACCUGGGGGUCACCAGCCCGGGCCCCCCCGCCGCAUCCGUCAAUGCGAAGCCCUUCGACCCGCCCGGGGCUGCAGGCAGGGAGAAGGGAUGCAAAGGCGGGUACCAGGCGAUGCCCACGGCCUGCCAGGCCCCCCCAAAAACCCCGGGGCAGUUGGGGUGUCCCCUGGCAGCACCCCUGGGUGGCCUCCGGGAACACGGGGUCCCCCACCCCCCCGAGCCCCUGGGCAAGAGCAAGAAGCGGAGGAACAGGACGACGUUCAGCACGUUCCAGCUGGAGGAGCUGGAGAAGGUUUUCCAGAAGACGCAUUAUCCCGACGUCUACGCCCGGGAGCAGCUGGCGCUACGGACCGACCUGACGGAAGCCAGGGUGCAGGUCUGGUUCCAGAACCGCCGGGCCAAGUGGCGGAAACGGGAACGUUACGGGAAAAUGCAGGAGCUGCAGAACAACCUGUGGCCAAACUCCGGCCCCGGGACCCCCCCGGGGCUCCUGCCCCCCGAGAACAUCCCAUCCCCCUGCAUGUCCCCGUACCCCCCCCCUCACAGCAACAUCGGCAGCUUCAUGGGCAUCCCCACUUCUCCCGGCCCCCACCCCGCCAUCAACAGCCUCUACUCCCUGCACGGGCUGCCCUCCCCGGGCCUGGGGACCCCCCCGCACUUCGAACCGGCCCCCGAACACGAGUACAAGUCGCCCACGCUGGUGCCGCUGAGGAUGAAGAGCAAGGAGGCGACCAGCACCCUGCUGAACUGGGCAACGUGAUUCCCCCCCCGGGGGGGACACGGACCGGUCACCCCCUGCCCUGGAGUGCGUGUCACCCCCCCAGCACCAGGGGGUGGGAGUAGCGGGGUGGGGGCACCCUGACCCCCCACCCUGAGCACCCUCUGCAUCCCAGCCCACUCCAUCCUCGGGUGAAGGGGGGUCACAGCAGAGCUGCCGGGGGGGAAAAGGGUCACCCCCAAACCCAGCGUCCCCCAAAAUGUAGCUCCCAAAAACUCCUGAGCACCCCCAAGCACCUUCAGAGAAAGGGAUUUGAUGGAGAUACCAGGGAGUUUGCAGGGGGGGUGCAGCCUCUUUGGGGGUCCGUCCAAGCGCCAGGUCACGAUGACACAUCCCGUCCCGUCCUCCAGCCACUGUGACCCCCCCACCGCGGGCAAAGGGCCCCCCCACCGACAGAAGGUGCUGUCAGGGCCCCUCAUACCAAAAAAGACCCCAAAAUUGCAAUGCCGCUCCACCCCCAGCUCCCGGUCUCCUGAUGCUGGGGGGGGAACCUCAGUUGGGCCCCCCCGGGGAGGGACCCGACCUGCUGCUCCAGCCCCAUUUGGGUCAGAAAACCAAGUUUUCCCAGCCGUGUGUGGGUGCCCCCCCGCCGGGGACAUCUCGCAGCCCCCCACCCCCCCAGGGAAUUUUGUUAUUCAUUUAUAAACAAUAAAAGCCACGUUUAAUAAGUUA